GAAACACACAUCAUUCCUAGCACCUUUUCAGUUCACUCUCGCAAUACUAAAACCCAAAAUUUCACUUCCAUCUGGAAUCUAUCACUGGUUAUGAUGGAGGGAGAGACAGAGAUUUGGGAUGCAGAUGCCAGCCACAGCAAGAAAGAAAGUUCAAUGGUGAAGAUAAAAGUAUUGUUUUUUGCUAGAGCCCGUGAUCUUACUGGCCUGAGUGAGAUGCCAUUGGAGGUGUCAUCUGGAAGUACUACUCAUGACUGUUUGAAAAAACUUCUUACCAACUUUCCAAGUUUGGAAGAAAUACGAGGGUGCAUGGUUUUGGCUUUGAAUGAGGAGUACACAACUGAGUCAGCCAUUGUUAAAGACACAGAUGAGUUGGCCAUUAUACCUCCAAUAAGUGGUGGUUGAACAGCUUAAUAUUACUGCAGAGUACUACUUCUGUUCUAUUGCGACUAUUCUGAAAAAAUUGUCAAUUUAAAUAAAUACUGUUCAGUUUAUGUAUCAUUUAGGGUAAUUUUAUUAUGUGAAUUUCUCAAAAGGUUAACCUUUCUCACCAUGCAGGUUGAGAUCUCUUGAGGUUUUUAAUAAAAUGUUCCAUCCUGAGGUUAAUUGAAAAAAUAAAAUAAAAUUUGUUGAACCCUUUGAGAACUCCAGCUCUCUGAAAUUACCCUACCACUGAGAAUGAUUGUAAUUUAUGAAUUUUAAUAAAUGUAGUCAUUUUAAU